AUGGCUUUCCUUCAUGGCGACCUUCAUGAAGAUGUUUACAUGAAGCUCCCAAAGGGACUGCAGUAUUCAAAUCCCAAGUUAGUUUGCAAAUUGACGAGGUCUUUAUACGGCUUGAAGCAAGUGCUGGCAGGAAAUGAUCUGGAUGAAAUUCAGGCUGUUAAGAUUUUCUUAGAUGAUAAAUUCAAGAUUAAGGAUCUUGGCAUCCUCAAGUUCUUUAUUGGUAUGGAGGUAGCGCGCAACAAAACCAGUAUUGCACUGUAUCAAAGGAAGUAUGCAUUAGACUUAAUCACGGAUUGUGGCUUACUUGGUGCCAAGCCAGCUUCUACGCCUAUGGAGUAUACUACCUCCCUGUCUAUGGAUUCAGGUUCUCCUCUUCCUGAUGCAACCAUGUAUCGCAGAUUGGUGGGCAGACUUUUAUAUCUUACAAAUACAAUACCUGACCUUAGCUAUUUAGUUGGGUGCUUAUCUCAGUUCAUGGAUUCACCCACUGAUGCUCACUUGACGGCAGCCUAUCGAAUCCUUCGAUAUCUUAAGCAAUCCCCUGCAACAGGCCUAUUUUUCUCAAGCAACAAUUCCUUUACACUGUCUGGUUACACAGAUUCUGAUUGGGGUGCUUGCAAAGACACUAGAAAAUUCAUUAGUGGCUAUUGCUUUUUUCUUGGCAACACUCUCAUUUCUUGGAAGAGUAAAAAGCAAGCCACAGUUUUAAGGUCCUUCUCAGAAGCUGAAUAUCGUGUCCUUGCUAAUGGCACUUGUGAGCUUAUUUGGUUACUCAAGCUGUUAAAGGAAUUUGACAUUCACCCUCCUCUUCCGGUUGAUAUUUUUUGUGACAAUAAUUCGACUAUCUACAUUGCAUCAAGUCCUGUGUUCCAUGAGAGAACCAAGCAUGUUGAGGUAGACUGUCAUGUGGUUCGGAACAAGUUUAAAGAAGAAAUUUCUAAUCUCAGGCACAUUGUCUCUAGCGAUUAA